UUUGAGGCGUCUACGUCUGUAAUGUCUGUACCAUCCUCGUCCAGUCAUGGCGUCUCUCGACAGAGUGAAGGUUCUAGUUUUGGGAGAUUCCGGUAAACUCUCCGUAUUUUCAUUUUCAGACUCUGAUUUCAGCCUGUUUACUGAUUUAAAGGGUUUUUUUCUUUAAAUAAUACUCAGGCUGCGCACAUACAAAUGUUCAUUUAAAGACCAUUAGCCAAAGACUGAAGCUGCAGUGUUGUUUAUCAUCACCCAAAAUGAUGAUAAAGGUAGAAAUAUUAGAGUUAAAGGUUUAUCAUGACAUAGCUCAACAAGGUGACUGUGACCGCUUAGUGUUCAGUGUUGAUGGAGUAACACGAAGUUUCUGUUCAUUUGUUACAGUUUAGUGUUUCAUUAUAUUUUCACAUUUUAGUGUGUUGAAGUGUAAAGUAAAGGGUAAUAGGCUCCUUAAAUCAUGCAGCUCAUGUUUCAAAGUGAAUCACCACUAAAGGCUUUAACAUGAUGAAAGAGUGAAUGUUGUCUGAAGGUGCAGGAAAACCACCACACUAUACAAACAACCUGUUUGUCUUUGUGAGUCAUUUUCAGGUUAUUGUUUAAUUUCAUUAUAACUGUCAGUCAUCCAGCCACUCUCUGUCUGUCGCAGGGGUGGGUAAGUCGUCUUUGGUUCAUCUUCUCUGUCAGAACCAGGUCCUUGGAAACCCAUCCUGGACUGUUGGUUGCUCGGUGGAUGUGCGGGUGAGCAGGUUUAAUAUUUUUGACUAAAAAGGGUCUAAAAUGUUUCUGCUGGCCCUCCUGAUUCUCCUUCACUGUACAUAAUACAGAAACAGGAAAGUGUGUGAGGACUAAAAUGCUCGGACCAUAUCCACCAUUAAAAAUCAAUGACUAGAAAAUAUGAACUUUAUACCAAACAAGUGUAUUAGUGAUAUAAAUGACGGUGUGUUUAGGAACAGUUUAUUCUGCUGAGCUUCUUUGAGGAACUUUUGGUGUCUGACACCAUGUUUCAGUAAAGGUGGUUCAGUUUGAGCUUGACCCUGGUCUCCUGUAAUGCCUCUUAAAAAAGUCAGAGGACCUCUAAAGUGUACUCUGUACUUACAACGCACAAUCAUUAAUUAACUGUACAACAUUUUUUCUUUGGUUCACAAUUCUCUGGAGAUGCUAGAGAUGCUUAGAUCAAUAAAAUGAUCCAAAUCUAGACAUAACUUUUCUUCUACAGGUCCAGGACUACAGGGAGGGAACCCCAGAGGAGAAAACCUACUACAUUGAACUCUGGGAUGUGGGAGGGUCUGUUGGUAGUGCGAGUAGUGUCAAGAGCACAAGAGCUGUCUUCUACAAUUCAGUAAACGGUGAAUAUCGUUUGAUAUGUUUAUCUUGAAAAAUAUGAAAACCUUAUAGUUCCUAUCAUUCAGUUGUGACAUAAAAUGUUUUCUUUAUUUUUUCAGGAAUAAUAUUGGUCCACGAUUUAACAAAUAAGAAAUCCUCCCAGAAUCUCUACCGCUGGUCACUCGAGGCUCUUAACAGAGAUUCAUCUCCCACCGGAGUGAUAGUUUCAAACAGGUAAGUCGCAGUGGAGGCAACAGAUAUUACAGCAUUGUACUAAAUUAUGUGAGCUAAAGGCUCUCCAUACAUUUGAUAAGAGGAAUGAACAUUUCCUACAUGGAUCCAUUUUUGUUCGUGUUUUUUAAAAAGACCAACCUGCAAAUGGGACUGGGGAUGGAAAUUAGCUCCCUGGCUAAUUGUUUGGCUCUCAUGUAUUUACAUGUAAAUGUCCAUUGAUGCAUAUUGUCCCUUUUUUUAAAGUAAAUGAAUCUCAAUCUCAAUUAUACAAUCCUUUGAAUAAUGUUUGCAAUAGAACCCUAAAAUCGCCUUGGUAUAAGUGAUUAAUCAUGUGACAGAGAUAGAAAUGUACCGUAAACAACAAUGUUGAAUUAACUUGAACUGUUUCUGAGCCUUUUCUUCAUGACAUAGUGUCUGAAACGUUUGCUUUUAAAAGUUGAAAUAUCAUCUCUCCUCUCAGCAGCGACUAUGACAGAGAGCAGUUUGCUGAGAACCCAGUGCCUUUGCUGCUGAUUGGCACAAAGUUUGACCAGAUCCCAGAGACCAAACGUAAUGAAGUCCUCACACGGACAGCCUUCCUGUCUGAAGACUUCAAUGCAGAGGAGAUCAACCUUGCAAGUCAAACUUUUUCUUCUUCCAAAGCUUCAGUCGUGUUUCCUUGUUUGUAGUAAAGAUUCAGUUGUUUGAAAGAUUGGGCUGCACUUUGGAGUCCAUUGUCGGUAUUACACUUACCACUGACAUGUAACUUACUCAACCUUAAUUCAAACAUAUUGAAAUUCUCUCAAGCUGAUCAUCCGAUACGUUUGUUUCCUGGUGAAUGAUUCACUCUUGUUGUGCCUCAUUCUUGUAUCUGAAACCAAAAAUCAUUUCCUUUAUUUUAGAAAUGUUUAGAUUUAGAAAGUUGUCAUCAUACCAGAGACAACCAUAUUAAUAUACCAGGCGGAUCGUUGGUCAGUGCUGGUCAGCGCUCUCACACAGACUGACUAUUUGUAGUGUCACACAGUGAAGUUAAGUCACUGUUAUUUCUACCUCUCCAUGUGGCUAACCCAACAAAAAUCAACUAAAAGACUCAAAUAAAGUAGGACUGAAUUUUGAAAUGAUAUAAAGGACAAGACUCUGAGUUUGUCUGGUACUAAUGUAUCUCUACACAUGUCCUAUCUUAGCCUUAAUGUGGUUUAGCUCUUGCUUGCAUGUGGGGGAGGUCUUUGGUUAGUUGUCAGAUAGAUUCCAGUGACCAUGGGAAAAGUGUUCUUGCUUGAAAUACUAAUCCUUAGUUGAUGUAACAGAUCUACUUGGUUAGGCUUGGAGAAAAGAUCAGCAUAAUCCUGCAUAAUUAUGGUGACUCUACAUACCAUCAGAGAUGCUGGCUUUUGAACUGUGCAUGGAUAACAAGCGCAGAGGCUCUACUUUACACCGUCUGAAGUGGUAUCCACAAUUUUCCAAAAGAAUAUCAAAUUUAGAUUUUUCAGACCACAGGACUAUUUCACCCUCUGCCCAGGUGAAGAGCAUCUGUGGAUCAUCUUUGUUUAUGAUUUCUUUUUUGCGAGGACCAAAUUUAAAAGGCGUUUAAGAUGACUUUGUUCCUUUUAAAAUAAAAUAAAAACCUGUUUGGUGAAAGCUUGUGGUAUUUCUUUUAAAAACGAUACCAUGACUGAUCCAAACUCCAAAACUCUGAAAAAGAGUGUCGGUAGAUUGAACUGUUGGGGUUCACUGACUGAGGUUUUACAUUUCUGUUCCCAGGACUGCACCAACCCCAGAUACCUCGCAGCCGGCACAUCUAACGCUGUGAAGCUCAGCAGGUUCUUUGACAAGGUGAGACGCCUCUUGUUCUGAGUUAUGUAAAGACAUCAGAUCUCAACCUUUCACUCUGAAAGGUCUGCCUAAUCACCAGCAAAAGGUAUGAUGAGAGAAAAUCUGACCGAAAGAUCUCGUUACAUGCUAACUGAAAUGGUUUUUAUUUUUUUUUAUGGCAUGAAGCUAAAAAAACAAACCGAAACAUUUAAACAUUCAGUUCAAAUCUCAGUGAAUUACUGAUCAAACAAUAUGGAGAACCGUGGGGAAAGCUGACUCUACAGUUUUCCAGAAGAUGAUCAUUGACACACCUGAUAAAAAAAUAAGAAACUCUUUCAUUUCUACAUUUAGCCUCCGUCAGUGUCAGAGGCGUCUUUUAUCGACGAAGGAGAAAACAGGAGUUUCACACGUAAACCAGUACGUAGAAUCUAUACUGAGGUUGUGACACAAAAACAACACAAACCCAGAAAUGAGGUGUAAAACAAACAAAACAGAUUGAUGAAACUGUGGUCACGCACACUUUCACACAUUCUUCCCUUUACAUAUCAUGAUCUUCUAGGCAAUAUGUGCUCAUGGUUUAGCCUUAUAUUUCACCCUCGACACGCCCCAAAUCCUCCAUUUGUGGUAAAGGCAGGACAGCUUAUCGGUGAAAAAACAGCAGAACAGGUUCAACAGCAGGAGGGAAGACUGAGAAGAUAGAGUUUCUGACACGGUCAUGCAGGUUCUCCUGAAGAAGCAGGAGGGCAACAUCAUACAUUCAUCAUUCAUCACCAUUUCAACUGGUGUUCAUGUAUUCACAGGGUCCACACCGAUCUUUGUAGGAUUACAGUAACAAACAGAACCUAAUCAAAGGUGUUAUAAUCUGUUUUUAACUGCAAUGUUUUAAAGAAAAAAGCCUGAAAAUGAGCUGAACCUCGCAGCAGCUUCUUUAGUUAUGGUAAAAAAAAAAGGGUGUGAGAUUUGUACUUCAAAAUAAUUCGACCUUUUUCUUGACAGGUAAUAGAAAAGAGGUAUUUCACAAGAGAUCCGAGUCAGGUGGGUCUCUUUUUGAUACCUCUGUAGUAUUUGUAAAACAGAUAUUAAGGAGCUCUCUUCUACUAGACUGAGCUGCUUUUGACUGAACACACUUCUGUCCUUUUCUCCCCAGAUGACGGGCUUCACUGACAGGAAACGCUUCAACUUCAAAAGUUUACAUUAUGACUAACAGCAGAGCUCUGUCUGUGUUCCCUCUCUACUCUAAUACCAAGAGUAAACCACCUUAUACGGACCUAAGGACACGCCCACUUUGUCAACACUUUCUUUGAAUUUCCUCAGCAGAUCAUUCUGUUCAAGAAUUCUCUGGUUUUUAUUUUGAGAGUGAAGAUUGUACUCAAAAAUAAAAUGUUUGAAAACAUUAAUACUGAGAUCUUUCAGAGGUAGAGGAGCAGAAGAAGAAAAGACGUCAAACAGCUCAACCCUGAGACGUCUCAGUCGGCUUUUCAUGUUACAGCAACACAACGUUUUUGAGUAUAAUCUUCCUCCUACACACAGGAUUAUAUGCUGAUCAUAUUAAUAAUACUGAUUAGUUUUUUCACAUCUAUUCAUAGAUAUCAUUAGUUAAAGUAGAAAAGAUACAUGGAGAGAAUCUAUUACACGGUCUCAAAGUAGCAAAUGCAGUUUUGAUGUUAUACUGUUAUUGUCCUCUCCGGUAAAGUCAGGACGAUGUCGUGUUUAAAGGACUGCUGUUCGCCUUAAAGCUGACUGUUAAAGUCUCUGCUGGUUAUGGAGAGUGUCCUGCAACAUCGACAGUAUGUUGUGCAUCAAUUUAAGCUGAAAUGAAGUUUUAGAAACUCCCCAGCAACUACUUUACUGCCCUCAGAAAGGCCUUUGCAGGAGAGAAGGUACAUCUGUACGACCACAAUAAAAGUGUCAGGAACCGUCUGAACAGAACAGAGUUACAGAAUGAGAAGAUGGGAGAUCUGUAGAUGGACUGUAAACCAUAAAAGAUCCUAAAAACUGCAGUUCUGAACACAGUCAGUGGUUCAUAUUGUUAAAAAGAUCGAUUUCUUCUGUCUUUUCUCUCGUUUGCACUCAGCUUUUCCUACAGGGGGCUGACACAAACAUGAAGUCUCCUCGUUAUUUCAAAGUUGACCUUGGAGCUCAGGUUCGAGUGUGUUAUCACUGUGUGUUUGUAAUUUUCUAUAGGCCAGCUGUUUCAGCCUCUCUAAGACCAUUGUGUCUCUUUAAAUCUGUUCUUUAAUGGACCUUAAUCUUAUAGUACAGACUCUUCAGAUCGGCCCCGUAUAGACUGACCGUUGUUGUGCUUGGGAGGGGAUUAAUAUGAGCCUGGUGACGCCACACCCAUCAGUCAGGGUCAGGAGCUGCUGUCAUUCUAACCAUUUUCCCAUCAGGACCCAAUCACAGUCCUUCAUUUUCAGUGACCACGCAAGAGCAGCACUCCAACAUAUUCUUGAACCAACCAAGAUGGCAGUUUAUGUCACCGCCCGGUCUGCUAAAUCUGUCAUGGUGGACAUUUGAAAACUGAACAGCUGCACAGACAGACUGCAGGGAAAGGUGUGUUCUGACACCUGCACUCCGCCGCCUGUUUCUUUGCACCGUGUCACACGCUGUUAAUCUGGUUUGAGGCGGGUACUGUCAUGUGUGACUGAAGAUGGACUGAACUGAGUGACCCCAGACCCUUUAACCAAAGUAAAUUUGUCUGACAACACCUGCUGAAUUAACAUCUUUUUUUAUUAUUUAACCAGGUAAGAAAACCCGUUGAGAUUGAGAUCUCACAUUUUUGUCCUCAGACAAAGCUGCUGACUGUAAAACCUCCUGAGGUUCAGUGGUAACACUAUGUAGAGCCACGACAUCCUGCUUAGCUGCUUCUCUUUAAAGUUGUUCAGGUUCAAAGUCCAUCAUCCCCUUACUCUCUUUUUUGGGGGGAGUUUUUAAAGUGCUGUGAUGAGAGUUAGGGGUCAUAAAAUGCUAAACCUCAGAUCCUUUUGUUCUUGUUUUGGGGUCAGUUUGUGCUUCAGGCCUUGGAUAUAUUUUCCUCUUUGCUUUGUAUAAAAUUAAAUGUGAGAUUUUGGAACAACUGAAACUUUUGACACAUUUAAUGAAAAUAAAAUUAUCCAAGUUUUU